CCACUAUUCUGGGAUAUAUGCAUAUAUGCAGGUGGAUGUGGAUGUGUUUAGGAGACUCCCGCAGUACCUAGGAUAACGGAUCACAUACCCUCCUGAGUAGAAGUUUCCGAUGUCUGAUAUUCAGCAGCACUAUUUUUCAGGGUUGAAGUGGACCUGUUCUUUCCUCGGCGUCGUCCCCUUGUACAGCUACGACAUGGAAGACACAGACAAGGAGGGUGACGUGAUGAGUGAAACAUCAACCCGGGACAGUAUGUCCAGUGUUUCGGAUACAAUUGGGGCCGUUCCAACGCCAGACAACAUCAGCCUUUCCUCAUGCGGCAGCAGCGGCCAGAUGUCCUGCGACAACAUCAGCAACAUCACCAGCCCAGCUACGGACACCGACACUACGUUACUAUCCGAUAAUGAAGGAUUCGGUACACUCCGAAACAUGUCAAAGACCGAUGUGACCCCGAACAUCGAAGACGUAAAGAAGCUCCUGACGUGCUCAGCCUGUAACGACACAUUUUCUGAACCCAAGCUGUUGGUAUGUCUUCAUACCUUCUGUGAAAAGUGUAUACAGACUUACAGGGAAGUUGACACGGACUUCGUCAUCUGCGGCUACUGUCGCACAUGUCAACCAAAACCUUGGAACGGGUCGAAGGGUUUGACGCCCAGCUACACACACGAGGACCUGCUUGAGAUAACAAACAGACCGGAGAGCCAACCGUCUCUGUGUCAGGCAUGCGAGAAAAACGAUGACCCACAAUUCCUCUGCACAACAUGCAACGUGGUGAUUUGCAAGCCUUGUCAAGUGGCACAUGCGAACUUAAAAAUCACCAAGAAGCAUACCGUGUUGCCAUUAAGCCUGGCCAAUGAAACACCAUUGUCCAUCUAUGCCGGCAAGAGACAGGUGAUCUGCAAAGAGCAUGAUGAGCCUAUAGCCUACCGCUGCGUCCCCUGCGGUCUGUUCCUGUGUCACACCGAUUUGUCGCAGUUCCACGCUGAUCACGAGAUCGAAACAGUGGCUGAAGUGAGGCACAGAAUGAAACGCAACGCAGCUGAACUAGAGCGGAAGGUAAAACAGAGUAUAUUGUCUUCCAAAUCAGCAGAAACCUUAGCCCGCUGUCGAAAAGAAAGACUGAACGAGAAAUUCGAAGCUAUAGAGUCAAAAAUUGAUACAGUUGCCAACGAAACCGAACGAUGUGUACGUCAAGCAGCAACGUCGAUGAAGGCACAGUUGAGUCAACAAAGGGGACGAGAAGAGGUGAAGAUUAAGGAGGUAAUGGGGGAGGCUGAAGAAAGACUCCAGUCUUCUCAACAUCUCCGUCGAAUGCUGCUGUCGGUUACCAAGGAGUCCAAUGAUCUUGACGCCCUCACGUUCCUGUCGUACUGUGAACAGAGUUAUGAAGACUUCCGGCAGAGAGGUUCUGGGCAGAAGACCUUUGACUCGGAUAUAGUUUUCUUGCCAUCACCACGGCUUAGUCAAAUACUCACCUCCUCAAACAUUGGCGAGGUUCGAGAGAUAGGGAACUAUCCAGCCUUCAAAACACCACAGGUCCUAAGCUCGUUCAAUGUUCUUGAAAACGUGUCGGGGCUGGCAGCAAAUGUUUACGGAGAGGUGGUGUGCACGUCCUAUCACGAAGGAAAGUGUGUUAUGUACGACAUGGCUGGAAGACUUAUCCGUGAUCUCAGCUCACAGGUGGUUAGACCUUGGGAUGUUGCGUUCACAGAUGACAACACAUUCGUCAUCACCGACUGCGGCGACAACAUCGGUCACGGUUCAGUCAAGCUGUUCAGUCCGGCGGGAACUCUGAUAAAGGUCAUCGCUGCUAACGUCAAAUCGCCAGCAGGGGUCACCACUGACCAUUCUGGUCGCUUGUACGUUUGUGAUGAACACGAGACGUGUGUUAAGAUAAUGUCCUUGGAAGGUAACACCAUCGGUCAACUGAAGUCCUGGAACGAAACCUACCUCUUCCAAGGCCCCAUCUUCGUUGCCACUAACGUCAACAACGACGUGAUUGUCUGUGAUGACCAUCGUUCCAUCGAGAUCCUAUCUCCCGUUGGUGAAAAGAAGGAAAGCUAUGCGGUGGAUGGUCGACACGAUCUGCAGGCGAUAUGCACGGACAGCAGUGGUCAGAUUCUUGUAGUGGACAAUAUAAUGAACGGACUUCAUGUUUUGACAGCUGGGGGUAGGUUAAGAAGGUUCGUCUCCUUCUCGGAUAUCACAGGUUUGGAAAACAUCCGGUGUGUGUGUGUAGAUCCAUCGGGUCGUGUCCUCAUUGGGGGCAGGUCGAAACUGGUUGUGCUGGACAUGUUUGAAGAAUGUUGAUUCAUUGGAUUGGUUGCAUACAAUAACAAGAAACGUGUCAGACACCCGUUUAUCGUACUCACAUAAGUCUGUGUACCAGAAUUCCGAACAUCAAAGUGCUAAGAAAGCUUUAUGGGUCUAUGCUGUACCUGCAGAAAGAUAGAUCGUGGGAUUUCAGUCCAAGCUAAUGACCUUGAGUCGAAAGAAUUGCAAGAGUUAUAUAAUACUUUGUGGAAAUUAAGCUAGCCAUUUAACCAGUUCUAUGUUUCACACAAAUAACAAUCUACAGGCGCGUAGCAAGCCAAUUUUUUCGUGUAAGCCCAAUAGGUUGCAAAGCUUUAUAUUUAGAACGUAUUGAGGGCUUGCAAAAAUCAUGUGUAAGUCCGGGCUUUUAUUUUUAUAAUGGUAGCUACGCCCCUGAUCUAGAUGUAUUUAUUAUAUAUCUUGAUGAGCGGGAAGUGUAUGAAGACAGUGACAAGGGAGACAAUAUUGCAUUAGUGGCGUGACUUCAUAUUAUUCAACGCGCGAUAUGUUCCGUUACCAUACACGCGGCUAUUGUUGACGGACUGCAUUCAACGUUUCGUCGAGCCAUUAAAGAUUAAACCAGCGUCAUGUUCAUGUCGAGUUGCGCUCAAUGAAGACCAGCUUUGUGACUGAUCAUAAUCGAACGAGUAUUAAGGUUCUAUGUAAACAGAGAUUCGUUCAACUGAAAAUGACGAAAAUAGUCUUGCUAACAAUAAUUACACUACUCUAUGACUCUAGAGCUCCUCUUCCAAGUGAAGUGAUAAUCUAAGACCGACUGCAACCUUCAUGAACUUUCAGUUAGUCGUAACUGACCAUGAACUUCUUCUAACUGAAAGCAGCAAAAUUGGUAAAAUCGAUACACUAUAUAAUUCAGGAAGUGUUAAUACUUUUUUUUAAAAGUAACAGCAAGGAUGCAUUAUGAACUGUUGUUUAGUUUGACGGUUUGUAAUUUGUAAUUAAAGCUUUAGCCCAC